AUUUAGGAGCACGUCCUUCUCAGUUCCUGCACUAUCUCCUCUACGGAGCAGCGUACUACUAGAUCCUCAACCGUACCCAUACGAUAUACUACAUACUUCAUACCCAUACUUCGGUACCUUCUCAGUUCCAGCACAUCUCCUCUACUGAACGUACUAGAUCCUACCCCUACUACAUACUCUCAUCAGAGUUCGGUAAUCUUCAUCAGAUCUGAUCCCCGCGCGCAGCUGCUACGCUCCUAAACGGGUCUUUCGCAAGCCUGCUUCGAAUUCCCGCACGUCAGCUUUACGCUUACUAGCUUCGCGAGCGUCGCUUAGCUUCGCGAGCUUCGUCAGCUGCACCCCCAGGGGUUCUUCGAGUAAGAAACCCGAACUCGGCGCGCAAUCGUCGUGGCUGGAAAGUUUCCGUCCAUGGCGCCGGCUUUCGCGGCGGUGCUGUUCGCCGUGGCCUUCUACGGCGCGCUCUUCGCGUCGGGUGCGGCGGCGCAGAGUAACUGCGUUGUAUCGACUCUCCAUGGAUACGACGUGGAGGUGCAGCUCACUGACAGUCUCUUUCUCCACUGGAAGACGCCCAACUCGACGGAGCUCCACCUCGCCCUCGAGACGUACACCUCUGGCUGGGCGGCAGUGGGGUGGUCGCCGGACGGCAACAUGGCCGGCAGCGACGCGGUGGUUGGCAAUCUCGAGGAACGGGCGGCGGACGGCACAGAGGUCAACGGGUCGGGCCUGCCGGCGGCUUAUAAGCUCGUGUCGACCUCCGCCGGCGGCCAGGAGCGCGUUGGGGAAAUGAGCUCUUUCCUCGGGGGGGCAAAGGGCCGUGCGGUGACAGGCGCCGCGACUAUCCUCGAAUUCACUCGCACGGAGGGAUCUGGAAACGUGCCAGUGAAGCUGGCGGGCCCGUCCAACAUCAUCUUUGCGUACUCCGGGGACAGCUCGAGAACUUUUGGGGAUCCACGGUACUUGAUUUCUCCUGCACCGUGGGAGGGGCACCGAUAGAAGCACCCGGGAGCGAGCCAGCACCGAUCGAAGCACCCGGGAGCGAGCCAGCACCGAUCGAAGCACCCGGGAGCGAGCCAGCACCGAUCGAAGCACCCGGGAGCGAGCCAGCACAGAUCGGAGCACCCGGGAGCGAGCCAGCACCCAUCGGAGCACCCGGGAGCGAGCCAGCAUCCGUCGGAGCACCUGGAAGCGAGCCAGCACCCCCCCCAUCGGAGCACCCGGGAGCGAGCCAGCACCCAUCGGAGCACCCGGGAGCGAGCCAGCACCCAUCGGAGCACCGGGGAGCGAGCCAGCACCCAUCGGAGCACCCGGGAGCGAGCCAGCACCCAUCGGAGCACCCGGGAGCGAGCCAGCACCCAUCGGAGCACCCGGGAGCGAGCCAGCACCCAUCGGAGCACCCGGGAGCGAGCCAGCACCGAUCGGAGCACCCGGGAGCGAGCCAGCACCCAUCGGAGCACCCGGGAGCGAGCCAGCACCCAUCGGAGCACCCGGGAGCGAGCCAGCACCCAUCGGAGCACCCGGGAGCGAGCCAGCACCCAUCGGAGCACCCGGGAGCGAGCCAGCACCCAUCGGAGCACCCAGGAGCGAGCCAGCACC